CAUGGCUUCGCCGAGGUGGAGUGUAUAACUGCUCAUUCGCUUUGGUACGAGCGUCGUCGAUGGCAGACGCUAAACUGUGCGCUUGCGGGUGUGUGUGUCUGUGUGUGUGUGUGCUGACAUGGAGCCAGUCACAUGGAGACUCCCGUCUGCCCCCGACAGCAUACAGGAAGGAGGGAAAGCCGAGAGAGGCGAUGCGUCGUUACAGCUGCACGCCCAGAAGACGAAUGGCCGCCUGCACAGCGUCAGUUGGAAGGGGGCGACUCUCCACUCGCUUGGAGCCUCGGGCCAAUCCUGACUUGGAUAAAUCACCGUGAUCCUGAGGCGGUUCAACUUGCAGCUGCAGUGAUUGACUUGCGGUUGAGUGCAGUGUCAGUCUGUGGUUCUCAGUACCUGAUGGAGACGGAGUUCCCAACAACUACCGUGUGGACACUAUGUACAUUCCCUGAAAGUCAGCUCACCCCAAGCGAGCUCUGCCCCAGCUCCGCUGUCAACUCUGGGAGGUCUGAGAACUUGAACUUUGCUGGGUGCAAUGCUGUCACUGCUAGAGAUUUAUGGGUUUCACUGCAGAUCUCAGAAUCUGGUGCCGAGUUCAGCUGCCGCAUAAUUAAAACCUCUCACCGAGAUCUUUUUGAAGCAGACCAUGACAGUCACUCAUAGAGGCAGUGAGUCAGUGCAUGCUUCUCCCUACCACACGCACAUACACUUACGCAAGGGCAAACACAGACAUGAAAACACUCCUGCAUAAUGAAAAUAUAUGCGCAAGCACACACUACAUGCCAAGAGAUGUAUGUCCAUAGUUGUACAUGCACAUGCCACUGCGGAGACCGUUAGCACACAUAUAAGUACAUUCAUGCUGUUUUCUGUCUGCUGACUCCUGUCCUCAUAUCCCUGUAAACAACUGUCACAACUAACAUGUGUGUCUCUGCACCCCCUAUGUGCUAUCUCCAUUAGAUCUAUCACCAGACAGCCAAAUGAAAGUAAGCAUAUGUCUAGAAAGCAUUAACUAAACAGAUUCCAGGCAGGUCAUACAGCAAAGGCUAAACAAUGGGAACGAUUAUGAUGCCUUGCAAUGGUCGUCACGGCAAUUUACACCCGCCUGGGUCUGCAGCGACCGCAGGAUGUCUUUGCAGACAUUCUCAGUGAGGGGAGAGGGCUUUGAGAGUUCCAUGCCAACACUGUGACACAAAGUGAUGACAUCAGAACGUUCUGGCACCGAGCUCCCAGUGCCUUCCUGGUUCCCCAGUGUCAGCCGUUCCGCCUCUAUCUUGGCCCUCCUCCCACAUGGAGCUGGGAAACCUUGAGUCACAACUUUUUAGAGGAGCAACUUGGAAGUUUGUUUAGAUACAAAAGGCUCUGCUUCAAGUCACCCUGCAUUUGCAUUUCACACAUUGUACACACCAUCUUAAAACUGUUCGUAAA